AUGGAUUUUUCACAACAUCUCUGUAAUCAUGCAUUGGGGUUCACAGAACAUGAAAACCUUAACAGGAUCCCAAAACGUUGGGCUAUAACUCAUAAACAAGCGUGGAGCGGUGAAAACAAGGAUUUUGACCAUGUUGUUGUAACAAUGCACCUAGGAUUUGUGAAACGUGAAAAUGCUCUUGGGACUGGGGACCCCCAAAAUAGUGAGCUAGUGAUAUGCCGAGUUUUGGCUAGGUGGCUCAAUCUUCACGAGUUGGAGAAGGGAAGAGGCAAAAAUACAAAAAACAUGGAGGAUUUGCCCAAACAGCAGGGCCGUGUGGGACGGGCUUUGCAGCUCGUGGGCUGGGUGCUCUUGCGAGACGGCCUCGUGAUCAAGGGCUACUCGGGUAGCAAAAAGGAGCUGGCCACCGGCGAGAGCAGGAGGACUGACCCUUUCAUGGUAGGAGGCCAUAAUUGGUACAUCGAGUACUACCCCAACGGCCUCUACGGAGAGUCAAACGCUGAGCCUCAUCCUUGCUGGGGCUGCCACGACUUGCUGACAAGAGAUGCCCUUGAACGAUCCGACAGUCUCAAGCAUGAUUGUUUCACCAUCCGCUGUCAUGUCCUUGUUUGCACCCCGGAUGAGGUGCUCCUGCCUCACAUACACCAGCAUUUCAGCCACCUCCUUCAAAAUAUGGUGGGUGCUGAUGUCACCUUUGAGGUUGGCGGCGAGACGUUUACCGCUCACCGGUGUGUGCUCGCUGCCAGGUCUCAGGUGUUCAUGGCGCAGCUAUUUGGCCCCAUGAGUGAGGGCACCGCCACGUCCGACAACGUCAUACACAUCAAAGACAUGGAAGCAAAAGUGUUUAGGGCGUUGCUUCACUUCAUCUACACAGACUCGUUCCCUGUGAUGGACAAGGACAGUGUCAGCAUGGAGGAGGAUGAAAUGCCACGAAUAGUGGAACAAGGACAAGCAGAGGAUAAAAUGCCAGAAGCUGUGGAACAAACGCAAGAAGAGGCAGUAGAGCAACAAAUGCGGCUGCGGUGGCUGCAAGACUUGUUUGUAGCGGCAGACAGAUACCAUCUGCAGCGCCUCAAGUUCAUCUGUGAGAAGCAGUUGUCCGAGCACAUGUGUGUGAGCUCGGUGGCGUCCACUCUCCUUCUAUCCAAGCAGCACCACUGCGACGGACUGAAGCAGGCGUGCCUGAAGUUUAUCCAAGUUCUAUCUCCCUUGCGUUUGCAGACACUGAUGGCGACUACUGGCUGGGGGCAUGUAGCCACGACCUACCCCUCUGUUUUGUUCGAGCUCAUUGCCAUGCUUGCUGCAAACCAGCGGAGAUAACACUCUGUAUAUGGUACGCGUGUUCCUUAAUCAAGUGACAUUGUUUUGCAUAUGUGGUAUCCUCUUCAGAGAUCGUAGUAUCUGUGUCUUGCUUUUAAUUGUCUCAUCAGUCAUGUAGUUUUUCAUGUAUGAUGAAUCAGAAAAAUCCAACAUAUGGGCAUAUUGUCUCUUCAUGCAAUGGACGAUGGUCUGUAAAUUCAGGUGUUAGGGUCAAAACAUUGAUCUGCAUUGCAGCAAUGCGCAAAUUUCCCAACUAGUCAUUUUAUCCUCUUAUAUUUUUCUGUUCAUUGUGUCGUAUAUUGUAGCUAUGUGCCUUCCCUGUCAUGUAGACCUAUUUCAAGUGGUUAUCGAAAAGAAGAAAUGUAGAUGUUUCUGGGAAGGCAUUUUAUGAACCUGGAUUUAUUCAAGGGGAACUGAUAUGAAAGACAAGACACAGAGGUCACCAAGAAUUCCGGUUGCCGUGACAUACAGCCAUAGUAUUACAUUA